AUGGAGGACAAGGCAUUCACCAAAGAGCUAGACCAGUGGAUCGAGCAGCUGAACGAGCGUAAACAGCUCACCGAGAACCAAGUCCGGACCCUGUGUGAAAAGGCUAAGGAAGUUUUAAUAAAAGAGUCCAAUGUGCAAGAGGUUUGUUGCCCUGUUACAGUUUGUGGAGAUGUUCAUGGACAGUUCCAUGAUCUUAUGGAACUCUUCAGAGUUGGUGGGAAAUCGCCAGAUACGAACUAUCUAUUCAUGGGCGACUACGUAGACAGAGGCUAUUUUUCCGUGGAGACUGUGAGUCUUCUUGUGGCGUUAAAGGUGCGGUAUCCAGGACGUAUUACAAUAUUAAGAGGGAACCACGAAAGCCGACAAAUUACUCAAGUGUAUGGCUUUUAUGAUGAAUGUCUACGAAAAUAUGGAAGUGUUACUGUUUGGAAAUAUUUUACAGAUCUAUUUGAUUACCUUCCACUUACAGCUUUAGUAGAUGGACAGAUAUUCUGUCUCCAUGGUGGCCUCUCGCCAUCCAUAGAUACACUGGAUCAUAUAAGAGCACUGGAUCGAUUACAGGAAGUUCCACGCGAGGGCCCAAUGUGUGAUCUAUUAUGGUCAGAUCCAGAUGAUCGCGGUGGGUGGGGUAUUUCUCCACGUGGUGCUGGCUAUACGUUUGGACAAGACAUCUCUGAAACUUUUACCCAUUCCAAUGGUCUUUCACUUGUUUCCCGAGCUCACCAACUUGUAAUGGACGGAUACAAUUGGUGUCACAAUAGGAACGUGGUUACCAUUUUCAGUGCACCCAAUUAUUGUUAUCGUUGUGGAAAUCAGGCUGCUAUCAUGGAAUUGGAUGACACUUUAAAAUACUCAUUUCUUCAGUUUGACCCAGCACCUCGUAGUGGAGAGCCUCGUGUGACUCGACGUACCCCUGACUACUUCCUGUAA